AUUUUUUGUGUCUCCAAUUCCACCUGAUGACUAUGACAUUCACAUGGUGCUGAUAUGUGGAUGAUAGAAAUUCUUCUCAAUAGUGGGUUACUGUAAGAAAAUUAUCAGUUAUUUUCAUUUGUUGACAUCAUGCUGCCAGGAAAUUGUUCAUGUUCCCUAGCCAAAACUUGAAUGUAAUUUAUAUACUCAAACUUCGGGACUACUGAUCUGCCUUGUGAAGCUUUUGGUUCUACCUUAUAUAUGGUACCAAGGUUAAUCUCUUCUAAUCAAUAUUGCUAGAAAAAAAUAGCCAUUUCUUCUCUUUCCUGAAAUGCACUAUUUUUUACUUUUAAGAAUAGAACUGACAUGGAAAAGUGUGUUUCUGCAUCUAUUAUAACAUGGGUUGAGAUAGAAGCAUACUGAAACUUCUGUAAGGGUGCAAGCAUGUGUAAUCACUACACACAGAGUUGGGAGAAAUAAUGAUUAUGUUUUUCCACAUCAUUUAUUGUCCAUCUUUUUGACUGUUUAUUGUGCAGUUAUGUAAGUUAAUGCCUGUUAAGGUCUUAGGUGAAAGUUAUCAAAGUUCAUGCUAUCUUUUCCAGCUCUUCAUUUGACUUCCUUUGAUGAAGUCAAGGCAGUCAUUAUUGGACAGAUUAUGUGAAGGUGGAGAAUUAUUAGAAAGAAUUUUAUCCAGAGGUGGAAGGUACUCAGAGGAGGAUGCAAAAGCUAUAGUUAUUCAAAUACUGAGUGUAAUCGCCUUUUUUCAUCUUCAAGGUGUUGUGCAUCGUGAUUUAAAGCCAGAGAAUUUUCUUUUCACCACUAGAGAUGAAAAUGCUCAGAUGAAGUUGAUUGAUUUUGGCCUUUCCGAUUUUGUUAAACCAGUUUACAAAUCUCAAGUACUCCAGAGUUGAAAUUGAUGAAGUGCGGUUCGAGUG